AUGUGUUUAGGGGAAUUAAAAUAUUUCCUUUAUAUGACAAAUUAUGUUUUACCAGUAAUAAGUUCUAGUGAAUUCACAGAAAAUAUUCUAACAUGCUCAGUACUGGCUAUUAAAGGAGGUUACCAAUCUUUUUUCUACCAUCAACAAAAUCACCAGUGUAUACUACAAUCAGAGAAAAUACAUGUGGUUUCUGAUCUUUCUGUGAGUGAUGGUUACAGAUAUUUAGUACAAGACGGUCCUACCUGUGGUCCUCCACCUACACUAGGAAAUGGUCAACUGGUGUCAGUUAGUCAGGUCAAUGGUGAUUAUGUAGCUGAAUAUUCAUGUAAUACUGGAUUUUAUUUUUCGGGGACCAAAACAUCUACUUGUUCUGGUGGAAUAUGGUCAACUGGAAUGAACUGUAAAUCUCUUUCAACAUGUAAAGAUCUCCAAGACUGUAAUCCAUCUUAUACUGAUGGAGAAUACUGGUUGUAUCCUGCAGUGUUAAACCAACAAAAAGUGCGCUUGUAUUGUUAUGGUAUGACAACACAGUCUCCAAAAGAAUAUCUGUCGUUGUCUGGUAAUAACUUUGCACAUUUUCCAAAUGGACGAUACACUAACUGUGAUAAUUUGGAUAGUAGUAAUCCACAAGGGAUGGGAAAGACAGAGUUUACAAAAAUUCGGAUAAAUCCACAGGACUUGACAGUGUUAAAUGAUGAUUACCAAUUUACUUCUCAAGAUUUUGGAUCACAAAGACCAUAUGGUGUAGCUAAGGCCUGUUCUGAUGGGUUUGGUUGUGAAUUGAGAGGUGUGGCUAAGUUAGAUAUUUCUAACACAGGAUUGAAAUUUAGUUCAAAUAAUGUAUGGAAAGCCGUCGGAAAUAAUCCAAAAAAGGUUAUCAAGAGCAGAACAGAUUAUUUCAUACAUGUGACAGGAGAUGGAUCAUGUGGAGGUGCAGAACCGGAAAAUCCCCUAAAAUUGGAAAUAGAUGUGUCUACACCUCCUGUUGAAGGUUCAGCUACGCUUCCAGCUUGCACAUAA